AAUUCCAAGAAUCAUCGGCACGAAAAAACCUCGCUGACGUGUGUCAGUUCGCACCUUCACAGACAGAGACCUUCGAAAGAUCUAAGCCAGAUGUCCACCUCGUAAACUAUACUCGGCAGAAAAAGAAAAUUCGGAGAAAAAAGACUUUCAAGCUCAACACCGGCGGCAAGGGAGAGAACUCGACGUCGCUGGCGCCUCUGUCGUGGUAAAAAGCGACCAGAAAACCACAGCGAGAAUGCCGAGGAAACUGCAGUUUUGCGCGAGAUUCGACAAUGCAAGCCCAACGUUGACGGCGUCUCUUUCUAUGGAAAUUGAAACCGCCCAUCUUGAAGCUGCAUCUCGCCCUACGCCUAUUUUUCCUCAGAAAAGGCAUAACCAGGACGUGGAGCCAGACUGAGCACGAAAACUGAGAGCGAAUCGUUAGAGAGAAGACGGAAUGACAGGGUAGUUUCAAUUCAGCAAGAUUUUCUUUUGGAAAACAAGGAUUUCUUGCCGCCCCGCUCCCGUGCUCAUCGACUUACGACUCUAGACCUUUUGACCUGGAGGCAGAGCCAGAGAGUUGUCUCUUUUUUCCCCAGGAAAUCAGACAAACCAGAGAACUCGUGGAAUCAUUUUUCACUGCGUUAACUCGAAGAAGAGACAUAGUCUUCUAAGCGCCUUUUCACUUCCUUGUCCAACUUCCGUGGCACGGAGGCGGUGAGGUUUUCCGCUCCUCGUGUGGUCGUCUGCGAGUUCAGAUCCAGUGUACACUGAUGUCGUCCUAAAGGCAUGGCGAAUUGCAGUUUUCAAGAUCGACUCUCAAAGAGCGUAGCUCCGAAGAAAGAUUCGUCUUUCUCGUUCCUCUGCAAGUCGGCAUUGUAGCAUGCCCUCGUCUUUUUCUCCGUCAAAGGAAUCGACACGUCGUCUCUGCAAAACGGGAUGCUGCCGUCGUUUCUGUCGACGCGGUGCUCUCCACUUUCCCGAAUCGGACUUGCUCGCCUUUCCCUGGAAUAUUUGCUCGUUUCACUUGCAGUUUCACACUUGUCUCUCAGCAGAUUCGGUGCGUUUUGGAUGCGGAUUCCCGCUUAUUCCUCUAAACUUCACUCUGGUUUGCUAGCGCUAGCUCCUCUGCGUGCGGCGUGCCUCUUCGCCUCUCGAUUCAAUCGCGAGUUUCCUUUGUUCCGCUUUUGGAGGUUUGCUAAAAUUGCUCGUUGGAUUUUCAUGAUCCUGUCUGUUUGUUUUCUCUACCACAGCUCUUCCUUGCUGAUGGUCUCUGUCGGGCGACGCCGAGUUUCCUUCGCAUGCUUUGGUUCUACUGCGGGGAUUUCAGGCCGUUUUCUUUGCUCCUCCUCCGUAGUAUGUUCGAUCUUUUCUUCCCAUUUCACCGUCUUCUCCCCUCCACGUGAAGGGAGAGUUUUUCGCCUUCCUUUGUAGAGAAAUGCGGCGGGUUCGUCACAACCCGUACGGCUGCGCCAUCCAGCGCUCUGUGAGAGUCGAGUCGUGAAACAUCGGUUGCCCGUUUCUACAAACAAGCCUACCUUUUUAAAAAGUGACCAAGUUCUCUGCUAAACUGUCGCUGUCCUUUCCGCUGUGUCAUCUUUCGUUGCCCUCCUCACCCACGAACGCGGAGGGACGGAUGGUGAUAGGACGUAGUUCAAGCCGACGUCAAACUCUGUCUGCUGUGUAGACAAAGUAUCUGCUCUGAUUCCCUGCUCUGCGCUGGACAAUGUGUCCGGCAUUAAGUAGCAGCUGGAAGGUUUUCAAGCGGCUACUGAAAGGUUGGUCGAAGCGCUCGCUGUUCGUGCUGCAAUGAGCAUUCUGAGUUCCAUGAACUUCUUGCGUCCACGCUGAGUUGUGUCUGACGAGCCUGUUUUGUCACAUGCGUUUGGAGGCAUCUCGACAGUCGUUACAUCCCUCUUUUUCCCAGUUCAAAAUUGGAAUGUGGAUACUUGUAGGUUCGUACGCAUCUGAUGCGACAUCAAAACGAUUUUCUGUGUCCCGUCUUUGCCUUCCUUCCACAGCUGAGUCUUCCUAGAAAGAAAGAAGGCGAUUCGCUGCAUUGCCUAGUGUGCCUAAAGAAAUGGUAACACACGAGCCGCGCUGCGGCUCUUCGCCGCCUUCCGGGUCCGGUGUGCUUAUUGCUCGUGUCAGUGACAAAAGUUUGAGCUCACCGUCUCCCAGCGGUGUCUGUGAAUCGGAUGCACUGCAGUCUGCCGCAGAAGACAUCAUGCAUUUCGAUGCUUCCGCGAACCUGAACCCAUCUGUCGCCUCGACUUUACAGAAAGAUACUCACGUUAUUCCCAAACCUAGAACGGUAGGUUCGGCCGCCGCUCUAGCCCGUGACGCAGAGGCGUUGUCGAACGGUGCAAGUCCGUCUUUUGCUCAGCCGUUCCAAUUGCCCGUGGACUCGAGACAGUCUGCCUAUGCUUUCCCUGUUAUGUCUGCAACCAGUGCCACCUUUUUGUCGCAUUCUUCCUCGAAUUCGUCCGCUGGAACGGCCGGAGCUCCCGCGGGGCGGGUGCGAGCGCUUGCGCGCAUCAAGGCGCAGGCGGCGGAACGAACGCGGAGGAAAACUUCAGAAGAGAGAAGACGGCGGACUCUCAUCGACUCGGAUUCCUCUGAAUCCGCGAAAGGAAGCGCUGCCUCAUCUGCCUCGCUUUCCAGCAGUCCGUCGGGUGAGUCUGCAGAAUCCAGCUCGCUAUCCGAGCACACUUCAGGUGUAGAUACACCCGAGCGCAGCGUCGAGAGCAGCGCAGAGAGCGAUCUUCAGGGAGACUCUUUGGCUGCGGACUCAUCCAGUGAAACAAGUGAGGCCAGUUCGUUUUCUGACACGCGAACUUCCGACGACUCUGACGCAGACUUUCGCGGCUCUGAACCGGUUAGACCGGCAGCACGAAGCGACCUUCGCUCCCGGAUUCGCGUCGGCGCGGGCAGGCGAUCGGGGGGACGACCUGGGAAGUUUGGGCGAAAAGUACGCACUCCGCCGGGUGGCGCUUCGGGUCGGAACAGCCACGAGACCCCCGAGUGGAAGGCGCAGUCGCGCGGCAGAGAACCUGCAGACGACUCUUCCACGAGGAGUCAAAGCACCUCACAGUCGUCUUCGGCCACUGUCACCUCGAGUGACGCUACGACCGAAUCUUCCGAGACCAGUGUCGACUCCACGUCUGGCGAAACGGGAGACAGCGACGUCAGUGCAAAGGAGAAUGGACCGCGAGCACCGCGACGGUUCCCGCUUCUCUAUGGCCAUCCCGCCGAGCCGUCUUCCCCCUCGGCUUCUUCGCUGUCUUCGCCUCGUCCGUCCCGACAACCACGUCGCCGCCGCCUCGCGAGGACUCCCCAGCGAUCCGCGUUUCUUCGCAGUUUGUCUCGCAGGCGCCGUGCUCCUGCGCUCCCGAGAAAGUUUCCUUCUUGCUCUUUCGGCUCACAUCCUUCCGGUCAGCCUUCUUCCUUGAUGCGAGCGAGGUCCUCGGCGUCCACAUUUUCGCAGGCAUCACUACGGGUGCGCAGCGCCAUUCUAUUUCCUCACCUCGCUCAGACAGAGCGCCGGCGUUCGCAGCGCGGAGUGCCGGCUCUGCGACUCUUGGCGCUCUCGCGAGAAGACCCUGUGACGGACAUGCCCACUGGGGAAACAGCGAAUCGAGCCGGACAGAAAUCCAAGCAACCCGGUAAACCGGGCGGAUGGAUGCGCCUCUUCAGACCUCUGUUCGACCUCCGGCCCUCAGAUCCCAACCACUCAACUCCCUGGUCUUCGUCGUCUGUGCGUUCGUCGUCUGUGCGUUCGUCGUCUGAGCGUUCGUCGUCUGACGACCUGUCUUCCUCAAGUGAAGCAGACGCGAGAGAAACACAGAGGACCAGGGGCAGGGACGCCAGCUCUGCGGAGAGGAGACCGUCUCGAACGGCGGACACAAAGACGCGGAAGGCGCGAGGAGUUGUCACACGCUUCGAAGAAAGCGGGAGCAGCGAGGCAGGUGCCAGGCAUGUAGGCGUAAGCGUCGCGGGGGAGACAGGGGAUGCCUCAGCGCGAGUCGCAAAGCCUGUGGAAGCUGCAAAGACCUCUCUGGGAUAUCGUUUUUCAAAGGAACAAGACCCCACGCGAACGGGCUCGGACGGAGGAAUGGCCAGACAUUCCCGAGGUAAAGCGACCUCACAACUGAGAGCGGAUUCGCCGCAGUCCGCGUGUGCUCCCUUGCAGUCUUUUUCUUCAUCUCGCUCGCAGUCUUCAUCUUCUGAUUACUCGCGCGCUUCCUCCCCAGGUUCUCCUCGACGACAAUCGGAGAAGCGCCAAAGCGACUCGCAGGAGUCUGCACGCACCCCGAGGCGGACGACGCGGGGAGACUCAAAGACACAAGCGACGAGCUUAUUCGACUUGCUUCGGUUCGUGUCGUUCAGGACGUCCAAGAGCCGAGAAAAGAAGCAGCGGAGCAGUCUGAGUUCUUCCCCGUCUUCGCGCAGAACAAUCCAGGUCGAGAAACAACUCUCUGCGACGGAGCAGGCCUCGGCUGCCACCGCUUGUGGAGAGGUCCUCGCAGUAGCACCCGAGAAGGGGAACAGGGAUGAUGGGAAGAAGAUCCGUUUCCGGGGACAGCACUCGCCGCCUAAACUCUCACCGAGAGAGGAUGAGGAAAGUCAUUUCGCGAGAGGAAGAGGCGAAGAAGAAAGGCCGAAAACAGCUUCAUCAGAGGUCGGGGAAGCCACAAGAAAGAUGACGCGAGCGCAACAAGAGGCUGCAGAGAAAGCCAGUACAGAUGUUGACAGAAAGGAAGAAAGUCUGCAUGAUACGCGAAGAGCUCUGAAAACCUCCAAUUCGAGACAAGGUCCUGAAAUCGAAAACAGAGAUCCUCGCGGCUGUCGAAGCGACUCGCGGCAAACCGUCGCAUCCUCGUUAACCUGUUCGUCGUGCGUGUCGGCCUCGUCAACCUCAGCGCCCAUCGACCUUCUCGCUGCAUCCUCGAGAGCGUCAGAGAACCUGCCGGAUGAAAAGGGAGAAAACGCGCAAACACCCGCUGGAUGUCCCACCUUAGCAAGUCACGUUUCGACUGAAUCUGAGACUGUGUCGCCGGUAAUUCCCAGGCGAGAGAACAAGGAGAGCCUUGCAGGACAGCGAAGAAGGUCGACAACGGAGGAUCCGGAGACCAGCGACCCUUCCUCGGCUGUCGCUUUACAGAGCAAAGGAGCGAACAAUGAGAAUGACGGCUUCUCUCCAAGUCAAGAGAAAGGAGUUUCUGCAGCUAGAGAAAGCUUGAGUUUUGCGCCGGGAGGAAGAGGCGAAAGUGUGGAGACACGGAAAGGACCCGCGCCUGCGAAAGACGCGGCUAGCGACCUCCGAGGCGUUUUCCAGAUGCACGCAAGUCUGGAAUCCCUUGCCUCCGGGACGACGGCGUCUCCGUCGCCUUCCACUUCGAUUUCUUCGUCUGCUUUCUCAGCCUAUCUGGGGGGAUCGUUCCAGGCUGGAAGCGGAGGACUCACCAGCUCUUUGGGGACAGAUGAAGAAGCGGAGAGGAAGGUGGAGGAGAGAGAACGGGAGACAGGGAGUCAGGAGAGGAUCGUGGGCGCAUCUUGCGCGCCGUUAGCUACCAGUCUGAAUUGCAAAGCAAAUCUCCCUGCGGAGGGGUCGCUACCUUCCUGCUCGCCAGAUCGACCUGAGUCAGAUUGUAGAACGAAUGAGGCCAGCUGUGGUGCGUCGUCUGCGACGUCCUCUUCCUCUUCUUCCUCCUGUUCCUCCCCACCUCCUUACUCAUCUUCUUCGUUUUCCUCCUGUCACUCUUCUUCUUCCUUCUCUUCUCCUCCGUCUUUUCUCUCAUCCUCGUCAUCGUCUUCCCCAUCUCCUUCUUGCUCCUCAUCCUCAUCAUCGUCUUCCCCAUUGCCUGCUUGCUCCUCGUCCUCAUCUUCUUCUUCCUCGUCUUCUUCCCCCCUUCUGUCCUCUUCUCCCCCUGUCUGUUCUUCUUUUCCAGUUGUCUCUCAAGGUGUCCGUUUGCCGUCCUUCGACUCUGAGAAGUCGUCGUCGUCUUCUGUCUCUUCGCUUGCGUCGAGAGCCUGUUUGCGGGAGGGUCGACAACGCAUGCCGAGUUCUAAAUUUCGAUGGGUGGAUCUUGAUGGCCUUCCGCUGACGUCUCAGGUGGCGUUCGACGACCUCGCGCAAGCAGUCCGGCGGCGGGCAUGCGACGGACGCCUCGCAGGCGCCUGCUGCUGUUGCAUCGGCUGCCGUACAGACACCGCGCCAACGUCGCCCGCCUCGGUCGGACCGCACAAAGACGGCUCUUGCACCUGCUUCUGCGGGACUUGUUGCUGCGCAGAUCGUUCGUCUCCGUCUGCGGGCAAUCCGCAGAAGACGCCUGCUUCUCCCUCAAGCUGUGCGUCGAAACAGGCACCUCUGGAUUUCUCCUUUCUCUUCGACAUGCGCGAGGGCGGGGGACUUUCGGCUUCGGGCGCGGCGGGGGCCUCUGCGUCUGCGGUGGCGUCCUUCCUCGCCACGCGUUUGCCUUCUUUCCACGCAGGUCUCCCGCCAGCGCGUCUGGCUGAGCUUCAAGCGAGUGCGGCUGCGAGACUCGCUGCGUCAAUGGCCAGCAAGGCGGCUCUUGCGGCGCGGGUCUUGGUGCAUGCACCGGCGAAUCAGCUGGUGAUUCCCUCCGUGGAUUUGUUUGUCGACCACCGGAAGCUGCGCUCCCUCAUGGCGGUGCCGAAACGCAGCGUGACGGAGCAGGUGAUGCGUCUGCUGCAGAGACUUCCUCGCUUUACCUUGCCGCUGUACGAGUCUUUCUUGCUCGAGCAAGUCUGUGAGGACCCCGUGCUGCAUCCGCGACUCCAGGGCCUCGAAGUCCCGUUUCGCCUCCUCACUCACGACUUUGUCUUUCUCGGCAGCUACGCCUACUUCGCAGAUCUGCCGCCCUGGUCUCGCCCGCCGAUUCGCCUCCUCCGGAUCUACAAGUUCCAGCAACUCCAGCUCGUGGACUCCGGCGAGAGCCGCGCGGACGCGUCUCCAGUGCACGGCGACAGACACGCCGCGUUUGUGGAGCCCAGCAGGCUCGUGGGGGAACGAGGCUGGCGCGCGAGACGCAGCCUCGACGCUCGCCUGCAGAGCCGCGGCAGCGAAGUUCCGACGGAGUCCAGUGCGUCGUCGGGCUUCAGUUCUGAGAUCCGCGAGUCGUCGGACGCGCGAACGCUCUCAGCCGUCGAGGGGACAGAGGGUGUGGGUCACUGUGAGGGGGCGAGCCUGCGAAGACAGAGCGCCGGAGACAGUCGGCUGGACUCAGGGUCGUCCGCAGAGGGGCGGUUCAGGAGGCGUGGUUGCGAUUCAGGAGAAGGGCAGGAGAGAGACAUGGGAGGGUCUUUGGGACUCCAAGAAGAAGAUCGAGGAAGCUCGUUUCAAAGUGUAGGCGCCAGACCGCGAGGAGGCACCUACGCUGCCCCGCGGUACGGCGCGCGCCCUGACGACCUCGAAGCAGAGCAUCUGCAGGGCCUCGCGCUCUACAACUUGAAGCUGUUGAUGCGCGACUUUGAGGAGACUCUGGAGGUGGUGGAGUUACACUACGGAGAAAUGUUCUUCAUUGAAGGAGACGUCUUUGCGUACUUCUGUGGCCUCACAGAGUUCAUGGACUCGCAAGGCUUCCAGCUGGAAACCAUCAAGUGUCGUCGCAAAGACGGCCCGCCGAUCGCCCUGCGUCCGCAAGACCCCGCGGGCGCAUCUGUGGGGUGGGACGGAGACAGGGACAGGUGGGGUUUGGGCAGAGGAGACGCCCGGCGGCGGGGGGCCGCGAGGCGAGGAGACAGGGGGGCAAAGGAGAUGCCGGCUCGCAGCUGCAGGAAGCCUUGCGGAGUCUGUUGUCGAUGUGUAGCGAAGAAGGAAGCGAGUUCGACUUUCUGUGAGACCGAAGAGAGUGGGGAGAGCGAAGAGUCCGACGGCCAGGAGCGAGACGAACGGAGACUAGCGAGGAGGAGACAGUCGACGGCAGGGAGAGAAGGCGAUAGUCCUGCUUCCUCGGACGAAGAACAAGGCGGGUGGCGGCGAAGGCGUCACCAGCUGCAGGGCUUGAGUCACGAGACGGACGGAGCGUGUAGGUCGUGGAGACAGCGGCGAGGGAGAACAAGCCGAGAAAGGAGACAGGGCUUUGAAGGUGCGACCGCGGCGUUUCGGCUCCAAGGCGCGCGGCGAGGGCGACGGGCGUCAGACUCGGAGACAGAAGACGACGGAGCAGGAGACGAGACAGACGACGAGGAUGUCGACGGCUUCGUUCGCUCGCGAACAAUCGUCGAUGAGGUUUACGGAGAAAAAGAUGAAGGAGGAAUUGGUUCUGGACUUGCGCGAACGUUCACAAAUUUGGUGAAGGCGUUGGACGCGAGUCGACGGCGACGGACAGACGUCUUCGUGGACGGGGCAGGGAGUGCGUUGUUUUCGGGCGGUUCGUCACCGGCGUCUGCCUCGCGCAGCUUCUCGCGGUCCGGAAACAUCACGGAAGAAGGAAUCGGCAUGCGCGGGUCUGCGAAGGUGGCUAUUCACUCCGUCACAUUCAAGAAGAAGCCGCCCAGCCUCUUUCGCGCCAGUCCACAAUUCGAGGAGACAGAGCGGCCCGCGCGGCGCGAGCGCCCAACGGACCCGUACGUCGCGCCGGAUGGACGAGGAGAGACUGCAGACCGUGGGGGCAGGGGUGGAGGAGACAGAGAAGGAGAGUGGGGAGAGGGCCAGGGGAGAGAGACUCGAGGGAGUGGAGUGCGGGGAGGAGAAGCUCGGACCUCGUUUCUAGGAUUUCUGCUCGGCGAGGAUGAGUUUGACGCUGAUGAGGACCCUCUCGCCUUCCUCGAUAGUGCGUGGUACUAACGAAACAAAGAUGGACCGAGAGAGGACCGGAUAAGAAGAACGUGAAAAUGAGAGGCCUGAAGAAGAACGCAAUGGCGGGAGAGAGGAGGGGAGAAACGAGUGAACUACAGACGAAGAAAAAGAAGCCAAACGAAGACGAUGAGAGAGGAUGGGGAGAAUGGAGAUCGGAUUGGUAUCGUGGUGGAGCUUCACAGGAAGUGCGUCCGGCGUUGUUCGUGUGUUUAGAUGACCGCGAGGGCUGCGGACGAUCAGAGGUCCGUAAAAGAAAGAAACAACGCAGCAUUAAGUGAACAGAGAAGGGGGAGGGAAACGUCUAAGUGGAGGAGAAAGGAUGGUGCCUACUCAGUCAACGGUAGGUAUGUGCCGGGAGGACGUGGACUUCGUGGUUCGUUCUGGAAAACUCUCGGGUCCAGACCCUCUUGCUGUGCAAAAAGUUUAUCUCCACCUUUUCGGACGUUUUUCUCGAAUCGUGUUUCUAGUUGAAAGGACGGACGUUCGUGUGGAUAAACUGCAUUGCUCAGAAGAAACAAGGUAAACAGUUCAUGCAGGAUAGAAAGUGAUAGCUGUGAUUUUCAGGAGCGCAGGAGAGGCUGGAAUGACUUCGUGAUAUUUGAUCGGGGGUUUCAACGAAUCGCACUGCCGAAACUUGAUCUUGUGGGAGAACCGCUGCCAGGUCUCUUUGUGAUUCCAGCUCUACACUUCUCUGUGUGCUUGAAAGGAAAUAAACCUCCUGGGAUCUGAGGUUGCAUCGGGAGUGGCUUUUAUCAUUUCCUUCUCCUCCUCUCGAUGCUGUUCUUUUGGAGAAACCGUGGAAUCCUUCGUCGGUUUUAGGACAUACACGUCACCUACGAGCGUCCAACCAUUCGGACUGGUACUAAGAUACGCGCCAACCCACGCCCGAGGCGCCUUCAGACCUCUCGAAAACAAAGGAGUUACCGAACAUAAGCCGACGCCCGCGGUUGCAGAUACACCCAGAGGACUGGCACUGGGAGGGGGCACGAGACGCGAGAAAACACUUUGUCAAUGGAUG